AUGGGGAAACGCAAGGUGAAUGAAACAACGCGCUAUGCAAUCUUACACGAGCUCCUAAAGCGCAGUAUUGACGGAGUUCUCCCGUAUGGCUUGAAGACCUCCGUAGCGAAGCACGUCGACGUACACAGGGACACUGUGGCGGCUAUUUGGAGCAGAUACAAGGAGUCGGUAGCUGCAGGCAAUAUUGCUGGGGAUAUCUCGUGCAGAUACAAGGGCAGAUCGGGUCGAAAGGGGUACAACAGGCAGGAGCUUGAGGCUAAAAGCGCGGCCGUACCUGCCGAACGCCGCUCCACUAUUCGCUCUACUGCAGCCUGUGUAGGCGUCUCCUUGGGUGUCAUUCAGCGCCUGCUUGCGAGCCACGCCUUAGUCGCCAAGACCACCACAAUUAAGCCAAUCCUCAAGACCACGCACCGCCAACGUCGGAUGCAGUACGCCAUGUCCUUCCUGGACGACAAGCCUGACGUCCACAGGGACAAAAUUGGCCAUCGAUUUGACCCCAUGCUCAACAUUGUCCACGUGGACGAGAAGUGGUUUAACCACGACAAGAAUCCACGGCGGUACUAUCUUCUUUCCGGCGAGGAUCCACCCGAGAGACACCGUCACAGCGCCUGCCAUAUCGAAAAGACCAUGUUUUUGGCCGCGGUUGCUCGACUAAGAUGGGACCCACAUAGAAAAACGAACUUUAAUGGGAAGCUGGGAUUAUGGCCGUUUGCUGAGGAGUACGUCGCCCAGCGUAGCAGCCAAUACCGCCCAAAAGGCACCAUCUUACAGCGUAACAUCGAGUCCGUUGAUACGGCAGUGUAUAAGCAUUUACUGUUAACCUGUGUGUUUUCAGCAAACCGGGAAAAGUGGCCAAGAGGGUACUUCUCGGCUAUCCAGAGUCUACAGUACCAAACGUAUGUUGCGAGUACGCUAGAGCUAAUUGAGGUCGUGCAGAAAUCAUUUCGUAUUCUAGACAAUGCCACGUUGGACAAUAUUUUUCUGACCUUGCAACAAGUCAUGGUGUGUGUACUUGCCUGUGAUGGAGGCAAUGAAUACAAACUUCCUCAUAUGGGAAAGGCUAAACAGCGCCGCAAUGGCACUCUGGUGCAAUGUGUUGUGUGUUCUAGCGAAGUGUACUCCAGCGCUGUUUCCAAGCUAAGCUCUAGACCGCGUCCAGGCCCGGCGAGCUCUGCUGCACCUCGGCAACCGUCAGGCGCCUCCACUCCGCUGAAGAAGAGCCGCGCGCAGUCGUUGCUCGUCGGAGGGACGUCAAGUAGCAGGGGCUCGAACGAUGCUGCAUCGGCGGUGCCAUGGCUCCGCUUGCUGCCAGCAUGCAGCAGCGAUGUAGCGAAGCAGACGGAGCUGGCGGACGCGUGCUCGGUGCUGACGCUGUCGCGGUCGCCAACCUGA